CCCGACCCUCCUCCAAGCCUCCUUGGAGUACCUAGUGUAUCAGGGCAGCAUCGAAUCGGCUUCAAGGUCGAUUCACCCGCGCCCUCACCAGCCAGAAGCAAUGGCACUCGAAAGGCUCCAACUCGAACACAUACCACCAGCGUACCAAGUCUACGCAGCAUUCUUUCGCGACGUGGCCAACACCGAUUUCCUUCAAGCACAAUUGCUGGCUCGAAACAGCGAGUUCGAAUAUGCGUUUGUGGAUGCGUCGUCGGUCAUCUCCCGCCUGCACCUCCUCUCGGCCGUGUAUAGCGCUCUCAAUGCCUUGCUCGACGGAACACUACGGACGCCCAACGUGCAUUCCGAGAUCGUUGUCUCGCUGAACGUAAACAACAACAUCGCAGACGCCUACCGGAGAUGGGGCAUAACGCCGGGUAAAACGAAGGAUCUAAUCGUGGUAAAGACCCAAGAAACCAUCUGGGCGCACCUGACGGAACACGUCCACGGCACGCCGGCACCGCUGACGGACGUCGAGCUGGCCCUGGCCACCGACUGGCCCAAAAUCCGCAAGUACUACCGCCUCAACGGUGUCCCCGCGCUGGAGCGGCUCGCCGACGAGGGAGCAAGACGGAAAGAGGGCGAACGGCUAGCCAUUAUGGGGAUGGCGCUGCGUGGCCUGUGAAGGAGGGGCACACGGGGCUGGAACUGG